UCAGCAUUUGACCUUCCCCGGCGCUAUUUUUGGCAAGCACAAUUUGUGCGGGACAAGAGCAAGAAGAUAUAGCGACAACGUGAGCUUUGCCGGAAAAAGAAAAUUAUGCGAAUAUAUGAGCAGCAGCUGUACUAUAUCCAGAAGAAAAAUGUCGUCGACCGGAAAUAGUAGCAUGCCCUGCUUUGUUGUGACAUCAACUAAAGACGCGUUGGUGUCCGUGAUGGUCUGCGCCUUAAUUUCAAGUCAAAUGUUUUCAAUUUCAGGACUGUAGUAGGCCGUCUUCAAGUGAAAGCGAAAUCAUUAGGAAUUUAUUAAAAGCAGGCAUGUUAGCCGUUCUUGCGGAAAAACACCGUUGAGUGUCGUUCGAAAUGAGAGCUUUUUGUUUCGUUUUGUAGUUGGAAUCAACGCACGUUUCGAGGGAAUGAGAUGCGCAGCUCUGUGCUUGCAUGCAUCAAGGGAUCUAAACGUCUUGAAUUAUGGAAACGAAGCCUGCACAAGAGGUGCCCUGUUCCUCUGCAAUGAACAGUGGAGCGAGUUUGAGUGGUGCCGCCAGCAGAGGACUGCACGGCCUCGGAUGCCUCCCCGCCCUCAACUCAGCUGCCGCAAGACGACUGACGUCUCUCCGAACUCGUGAUCUGACACUCGGGGGGAACCUGAAGAAAACAAAGAAAACAUUUGAGCCAAAUGUCAACGCUGUGAGGAAAAGCAAGGAUGAAUUAAAUGAAGAGAUCCAAGUGAUGCCAAAAAGAGAGCGAAAAAAGAGGGACAAUAGAAGAAGAGAAAACAGAGGCAGAAGGAAAGAGAAGCCACAGACUAUUCAGUCUCACUCAAUCUUUGAACAGGGUCCUGCUGACACACUCCAGAAAACAGGCUGGUUGGCUGCUCCAAAAGUGUGUGAAGCCACCACAUCUCCUAAAUGUAAUCCUGUAAAAGAAGAGUGGAAAGUCUCCGAUGAUGAAGAUGAGCUACUCAGGAAGCUACAGAGAGAUGAUUUCAUAUGUGAUCCUAAUUUGAGGAAUGAUGCCAAGUUGAAACCCAUCCAGUUACCUUUGUGUCAAACAAGCUGGCCAUUGGGUCCAGAGAAGCCUCUUCUUCUUGGAUCAUCAUCCACUGGACCUCAGGUCAGGACAGGCCAUAGCAGAGACCAGCCAUCUUUGGCGGAUGUACUACAGGGUCUCUGCCUGUCUAGCAAGGAGGAACUCUUCUUCAUGCAGUUACCCGACUGUAUGCCCGCGAGAGCACAAAAAACAGAGCUCAAACCUGAGCCCAGAUUUGAGAAAAUUGCCAUGGACAAGAAGCAGCUAUUUGGGAAAGCACAAGAUUCCCCUUCGGUGAAGUGCUCCCCUGUCCUGUCAGAAUUCCCAGAGGGAUUUCUGGGUAAGAUCCAAAUAAGAAAGUCAGGAAGGAUGGAGAUGAAGCUGGGCAAUAUUGUCAUGGACAUCACUGAUGGAGCUAGUUUGUCAUUCCUUCAGCUGGUGUCUGUAAAUCUGUCAGACGGCAAGAUCGGAGACAUGAUGGUGUUAGGAAACAUCCAACAUAAACUGGUUUUAUCUCCAAAUUUCCAAACUUUAUUGGAACAAUCAACAGAACACCAAUAAGGAUGCUGAUCAUCUCCUCAUCAGCAAUCUUCAGACAGUAUGAUGUGUUCUAUUUUCAUAGUUUUUGAUUGAUCGUUUAGGUAUCUUCGUGUGUUACCUUAAGUAAUUAACUUUCAUGGCAACCCACUAACGGGGAAAAAAAGUUUCGUCUUGUUUCCGUUGUUUUUAAAUUUUAGAUGUAUUUGUAUUAUACUUUUUUUUUUUUAAACAAGUUUUAUUUUUGUGAUGAAAGCCUGUCAAGGCCAGGAUUCUACAAAAUAAUGUGGCACGAUCCAGAAAUUAGAUAAGUAAUGCACUGGCUUGUUUUUGCAACUUCAAUGUUGUUAAAUGUUCAACAACUGUGUGUUUUUUUACAAAAUUGACUACCAAUAUUGUCAAAGUGGCUGCAAACUAUUUUACAUUCUAAACCAGGGAUGUCAAACUUUUUUUGUCACGGGCCACAUUGUAGUCACAGUCUCUCUCAGAGCGCUGUUAUGGCUGUGAAACCAUAAAAAUCUUUAAUUGCCUCAUCAUAUUUACACGUGAAAUUUCUGAAAACUUUUGGAAUCAGAUUUUCAACCAUUGUUCAUGUUGUAAUAACUCAAUGUUAUCAUUUACAAUAUAUGACAAUUUGAAAUUUUUGUACAGAUCUAACAAGAAUCAUGGAAGAUGACAGAUGAUUGGCCCCCGCGGCCCACAUUAAGUCAUGUUCCGGGGCAGAUCAAGUUUGACACGUGUCCGAAACCUUAAACUAAAUUGUCACUUCUUAGCUAAAUGGGUUUAAUUUUAUAUAUGGAGUUCAUGUUUCCACUUGAUUUUGAUCAUUUCUAAAAUACUCUUUGUUAGGGCAGAUACCCAUUGAUUUGUGUAUUUAUAUACAAUUUUUUCAGAAUUCUUUUAUAUUUCAGUGCCAUCGUUUUUAAAAAUGAUCUAUGUCCAGUACAAUGCAAAUGUAUUGUUUAGUAAUGUACAAAUAAAAUAAUCAUGCAGCUUUUACAAUACAACUCUUCCUGGGAAUAUAAAAUUUCUUGUCUGGAAUUAUAUACAGUACAUUAAAAAAAUGUGAAAUUGACCAAAUUUGGGCAUAGACAUUUCCUCAGAGAGUGACAUUUCACAUCAAAUAUAUAUUACAUGAUUGUCUUCUAAUGGGCACUUUGUACAUUCGUAAAUGGUCUCUCUCUAGUGGUACUGAGUUAUAGUAUCACUACUAGUUACACUAGUUCUGUACUUUUAAAAUUUACAGUUCAACUUUUUAAAUUACAGUACCAGCUAUAUUCAUGUAUUUUUGGGGGGUCAUCAUGGUGGUAUUUACAGAGUUGCGUUUUUUUCCCAGGUAGUAU